AGGGGGCUCUGCUCUCUGAGCUUUGCGCUCCAAUUGGCGAAACGGGGCUCCCACGAGUCCCAGACCCAGGAGUGCCCGCCUGGCACCGCGUCCCCUCGCGCGCCCGGCUGGCACGACGGUCCUGGAUGAACUUUCUCGGCGUCCCUGGGGUGGGUGCCGGCCGUGGGGUGCCGCAGGGCCUCUGGAGGGGGCGGGCUCGCUGCAGCCGGGAAGCUCGGAGCCGCCCAGGAAUCUUGGCUGGGCCGGCGCUCGUUUCCUGCCCACCCGGACAGACGCCGCGCUCGCCCCAUACCAUGCGGCCGCUGCUCUGCGCGCUGGCCGGGCUCGCUCUGCUCCGCGCGGCUGCUGAGCCCCUCAGUGCCUCCCAAGGAGACCCAACUUGGAGCACAGGCUGUGACAGACUUGAGGCUGUCCAAGGCCAGUUAGAUGUCAUGGAGGAGGUUGCUGCCACCUGGGCAGCUUGCCCCACUCUGCCCUGCCUCCCGCUGCAGACGGCGGAGAAGACCGUGGAGCACCUGGAGACCCAGGUGAAAAGCCUGCUGGGGCUGCUGGAGGAGCUGGCCUGGAACCUGCCCCCAGGGCCCUUCAGCCCAGCCCCCGACCUCCUCGGGGAUGGUCACUUCUGAGCUCCGAGGCGGGGGAGCCCAUCUGCUGGAAGUGAGGCUCUUUCGACAGCACACCUCUGAGGACAGAGCCACGCCUUCCUUCCCCACCUUCGUGUGAAAAUAAAGCUACUCCUCCUCCGGUCCCCUGUGUCUGCACGGCCCUCCUCCCUCUGCUCCCCUCCCCGAGCCCCAUUUCCCUCUGGGCCGAGGUCUGCGCCCCUGGCCGUGUUUUGGCCUUUUUUUGUGUGUACCGGGGAUUGAAUUCGGGACCUUUCGCUUACGAGGCACGCGGUGGAACCACUAAGCUAAAUCCCCAGCCCUGGCCUACUUCUUUAUAGGGGCAGACUGGGCAAGACUCAUCCACAGAACCCAGCAGUAAGGGCAGAAUGGGAAGGGGAUACAGCCUUUCAUUGGAGCCGGGUCCAGAGAGGAGCAACAGCGCCACCACCUGGACGCCUGUCACAAACGCAGGUUCUUAGGACCCUCCCAGAUCUACUGAAGCCCAAUCUGCACUUUUGAUGUGAUCUCCAGGGGUCCUUAAACGCUCCACUCCAACCACCCACUGCUCAACCCUGUGCUGGGGAUGGAGUAUCCCCAGCCCCUUUUUAAAAAUUCCUAUUCCAAUGAACAAACAAUUUUCCCAAUUUUAGCCAUUUAAAACUACAAAUCCAGUGGUUACCAGUACAUUCAUAACAAAUUCCAAAACAUUUUUAUCAACCCAAGAAGAAACCCUGGGGCAAUUAAGCAGUCAUUUCCCAUGUUGUGUGCCACCACCCCUGGAAUCCACGAGUCUUUGUUAUUAUGGGCUUGCCUAUACUGGACACUUAUAAAUGAAACCAUGCAAAACGUGGCCUUCUGUAUUUGGCUUCUUUCCCUGCAUAUGUUCUCAAGGUUCAUUCGGGUCUUAGCCUGUAUCAGUUCUUCAUUCCUGUUUAGGCUGAGUUACGUUCCACUGUGUGUACAGAACACAUUUUAUUCAUCUAUCCCUCAGAACAUGACAGGUUAUUGGCACUUUUUGCUGUUAUGCCUAAUGCUGUUAUGAAUCAGUCAUGUGUAGGUUCUUGCGUGGACACAUGAUUUUACUUCUCCAAAGUAUAUGGCUAGGAAUGAAGUUGCUGAACAAAAAAAAAGUAAAACUGUGUUUAACUUUUGGAUGAACCACUGAGCUCUUUUGCAAAGCGACUGCAUUAUUUUAUAGUCCCACCAGCAGUGUCCGCUAUGGGGGUUUUCAUAGAUGCCCUCUGAGAAAUUUCCCUUCUAUUCUUAGAUCCUUGAGUGUUUUAAAGAAUGUUGGGUUUUCUCAAAUGCUUUCUCUGCAUUUGAAAAAAAUGCAGAGGAUCAUGGCCAGGAUGGGAGUGUGGUUCCCAUUUCACUUCACUUCAGAAACAGGGUCUCACUAUGUUUCCCAAGCCAGUCUCAAACUCCCAAGUUUCUUGCCCCAGCCUUGCAAGUGGCAAAUCCCCCUUGUCAUAGCAUGUAGUCCUCUAUUUGUACAUGGAAUUACAGGAUUUAAUGUUUGCCCUUUGGGCUUUGGUCUUGUUUGGGUCCCGUUCAUUUCUACUCCCCUAUUUCUCCCUUUUGGAAUGGGAAUGUUUAUCCUGUGCCAUUGUAUAUCAGCAGUGUUUAACUUUCUUUUUAACUUUUAUAGGGACUCACAGCUAAGAGUUUUUCUUAAGUCUUAAAGGAGAUUUUGGACGUGGACUUCUCAGCACUGCUGGAACUGUUAGGACUUUGACAAUGCUUAGAGAGGGACUAAAUGUAUUUUGCAUAAAGCAAUGUACAUGAGUGUUUGAGGGGCCAGAAAUGGAAUGUUAUUGUUUAGAUCUAAAAUGGCCCCCAAAGCCUCACAUGUUUAGAAGGUGACUGGACUAUGGGACUUGCUGUUGAGAGGUGGGGUCUGAUCAGAGGCGGUAGGUCAGUGGGGAAAGGCCUGGCUUUAUCUCCCUCCCCAGCUCCUACCUCCACUCUCUGCUUCCUGUUCAGCAUGCUGUGAGCAGCCCUCCUCCACCAUGGCCCUCUGCCAUGCCAUCCUGCAUUGAAGCCAAUGGACUAUGGACUGAAACGUGAACCAAAAUAAACCUCUCCUCCUUUAA